AUGGAGACGGGCCCGGCGGCCCCCCCGCGCCGCCACGGCGCCUCGGCCGCCCCGUCCCCGCCCCCGCGGGCGUCCCGGGCGGGGCCCGUGCUGGUGGUGGCCCCCGGGCCCCCCGUGAGCACGGCCGCCUCGGCCCCCGUGCCCCUGGGGCCGUCACGCCCGACCCUCCCGGAGCCCGGUGGGAAGGCGUGGCCGCCCCGUCGACGGACGAAGGCCUCCGCUCGACGCCCCGGCCUCGAAGGGGACGGCGCCGCCCGCCGGGACGCCCCGGGCUCGGCCGCGUCGCCUCCGCCCGCCGGACCCGACGGCAGGGUGACGGCCAAGCCGCCCGUCGCGCCCAAGCCGGCGCCCGCCGGGACGGGAGCGGCGGCGGAGCGCUCGCCGGCGGCCCGGGCCGCCCCGGUGGCGGUGGUGACGGUGACGCCGGCCCCGGAGCCCGCCGAAGGCUGCCAGGACUUGGGCUCCACGACCAGCCUGGGGCCCGGGAUCCCCGGCCCGCGAGGCCAGGCGCCCGACAGCCUGAGCUACUUGGACUCAGUGAGUCUGAUGUCGGGGACGCUGGAGUCUCUGGUGGACGACGCCAGCUCCCUGGGCUCCGACUCGGAGAUCAACGGGCUCGCCCUCCGCAAGACGGACAAAUACGGAUUCCUCGGGGGCAGCCAGUACUCGGGCAGCCUGGAGAACUCCAUCCCCGUCGACGUGGCUCGCCAGCGAGAGCUGAAAUGGCUGGAGAUGUUCUGCAACUGGGAUAAGUGGUUGUCUCGGCGCUUCCAGAAGGUGAAACUGCGUUGCCGGAAGGGGAUCCCCUCAUCCCUAAGAGCCAAGGCCUGGCAGCUCCUGUCCAACAGCCAAGAACUUCUGGAACAGAAUUUGGGGAAAUUUGAGGAACUAGAGCGAGCCCCCGGGGAUCCCAAGUGGCUGGAUGUGAUUGAGAAGGAUCUACAUCGUCAGUUCCCCUUUCAUGAAAUGUUUGCUGCUCGUGGCGGCCAUGGGCAGCAGGACCUGUACCGCAUCCUGAAGGCCUACACCAUCUACAGGCCGGACGAGGGCUACUGCCAGGCGCAGGCCCCGGUGGCCGCCGUCCUGCUCAUGCACAUGCCCGCCGAGCAAGCCUUCUGGUGCCUGGUGCAGAUCUGCGACAAAUACCUUCCCGGGUACUACAGCGCCGGGCUGGAGGCCAUCCAGCUGGACGGCGAGAUCUUCUUCGCCCUGCUGCGUCGCGCCUCGCCCCUGGCCCACCGCCACCUCCGGCGCCAGCGCAUCGACCCCGUGCUCUACAUGACCGAGUGGUUCAUGUGCAUCUUCGCCCGCACCCUGCCCUGGGCCUCCGUGCUGCGCGUCUGGGACAUGUUCUUCUGCGAGGGUGUCAAGAUCAUCUUCCGGGUGGCGCUGGUGCUGCUGCGGCACACCCUGGGCUCGGUGGACAAGCUGCGCUCCUGCCAGGGGAUGUACGAGACCAUGGAGCAGCUGAGGAACCUGCCCCAGCAGUGCAUGCAGGAGGACUUCCUGGUACACGAGGUGGUGAAUCUCCCCGUGUCGGAAGCCCUGAUCGAGCGGGAGAACACGGCCCAGCUGAAGAAAUGGCAGGAGACCCGCGGGCAGCUGCAGUACCGGCCCUCCCGCCGCCUGCACGGCUCCCGGGCCAUCCACGAGGAGCGGCGGAGGCAGCAGCCCCCGCUCGGCCCUUCCUCCAGCCUCCUCAGCCUCCCGGGGCUCAAGAGCCGGGCCGCUCGCGGGGGAGCCGCCCCCUCUCCACCCCCGCCCGUCCGCCGGGCCAGCGCCGGCCCCGUCCCGGGCCCCGUGGUCACCGCCGAAGGCCUGCGGCCCUCCCUCCCCUCCCCGACCGGGAACAGCGUCCCCCUGGGCCAGGGAAAGGAGUCGAGGAAGCAGGAGAAGGAGCGGCAGAGGCUGGAGAAGGAGCGGCAGAAGCAGGAGAAGGAGCGGCAGAAGCAGGAGAAGGAGCGGGAGAAGGAGCGGCAGAAGCAGGAAAAGGAGCGGCAGAAGCAGGAGAAGAAAGCCCAAGGCCGGAAGGCGUCUUUCCGGCAGAAGCCCGACGGGCCGCCGCCGCCUCCCCAGGACGGGGGAGACGGGCCUUCCCCCGCCAAGGGCCGGCAGGACAGUUAUUUCUAG